AUGAAAAAACUCAGCGAAAGUGACUAUAGUGAUAUUGCAAAUGGAAUAAUAAAAAAUUACGAAGAAAAUAAUAAAAAGGAAGGAGCGAACAUAAAUAGAAAUUUAAAGGAAAAAAAGAAAACAUUUUUCAAUUGUGAUAAUGAUUAUGAUCUCGAGGAUUCCAUAUUUCUUAACAAGGGAAGCAAUUCAAAUGAAGAUAAUAAACUGUUGGAGGAAGGUAAAAAUAGGGACAGUAGCUACGACUCGCUCGUGGACGAUUUCUACAACAAAGCUAUAAAAAAUUCAAAAAAAAAAUGUACGAGUGUUGAUAACGAUAACUAUGGCAGUGAUAAGCACAGCAGUAACUACAACAGUUACUACAGUGAUAACCAUGAGAGUGGUAAUGAUAAUAAUAGUCCGCAUCCCACGGAUGAGGAAGGAAAAAAGACUUUCAAAAAAAAUGAAAAAGAAAUGUGUAUUAAAAAAAAAGUAAUACAACGAACUAGCGAAAUAUUGAGAAGAAAUCAUAACAAGCCGUUAAUGCCUUUACUCAAAAAAAAAAAAAAAAAAAAAAUAACAAAAAAAAAAGAUUUAAUGAAAAAUAAAAAAAUAAAACAUGUACCAGCUCAUGUAAUUCACUCAAAUGAAUGGAACAGCAAUCAAAAUGAUUUAGAAAAGUAUAGACUGUCUAAAGAAGAACUAGAACAAAAAAGAAGGAGCUUAAAGUCAAGAAACUUAGACAGAGUUAAGGAAGAAUAUAAACAGAGAUUAAAAAGAAUGAGAGAGAAAGAAGUUAAAUGUGUAGUUAUUCCGAAUUCUAAACAGAAGGAAGAGAGUUGCAAUUCUCCUAUGGAAAGAAUAACAACAAAAAAAAAUAAUGUGCGAAUAGCGAACAAAUUAGCGGAAAAUAUAUUAAAUGUAAAAGAAGGGGGGGAAAAUGAUCUUAACAAGCAGUAUGAAGCUUUGACAACGAGUUAUAAGAAAAUUUAUUCUAAUUAUAAGAAUUCGGAAAGAGAAGAACAAGAUAACGUAUGUAAUUUGAUUUCCUUAUACGUCGAUGAUGGUAAUGCAAAUAAGGAAGUAUAUAAUAAUGAACAGUACAGGGGUCAAGAAUCAUAUCCAUACGAUAAAAGUUAUGGCAGAAGAAACAACUCCUUUGACAGUAAUAAAAUUAGAAAAAAAAUAAUUCCUUAUAGAAAAGGUGUUCUCGCCACAAAUGAGACAAAGAAGCCUUAUAACAAUGCUUCAAAUAUGUUAAACUUUAAAAGAAAUAAAAAUGAUCCUAACUGUAAGUUACGAUUAUUAGACAAGUCCAACGAAAGAAGCGAUCGCUUCUUAAAUUCUGCUGUAGGAGAGUCCAUCUGCUAUUAUGAGAGUAGAUUUUGCUCUAGUAGUUUAUUGUUAAAUGGAUCGAGUGGGGCAAGUGACGCAAGUGAUGGCAAAAAACAUGAUCCUACUUCCCCCUCAGAAGGAAACUAUUAUCCCUUAGAUAGAAUUAAACACAACUGUAGAAAAAGCAAAAAAGGUAUGAAAAAACAAAAGCAUAUGAAAAGGAAAUCGUAUUAUCAUUCCGAAGAAGACUGUUUGACUCCGCCCACAGAUAUAUCCUGUUCGACCGAUGAAACUAUUAUUGAAAAUUUUGUUAGAGAACUAAAAACUCGAAAUGAAAAUUUUUCUAUAGACAUAGAAGCAUUUAAUGCAAUAAAGAGGGAAGAUAUAGAUAAUUAUCAAAUUAAUAAAAAAAUAUUUGAUGAAAAAAAAUAUUACCCUGAUGUAGAAGUGAAACUGUUCUACAUAAAUUUACACAAAGGUAAUUCGUCAUACCCCUCCCCUUCCUGUGACUCCUCUUCCAGAGGCUCCUCUACCUGUUGUUCGUCAGACUGUGAGCACAUUUUCGAUUCGGAUUAUUCUGAACAGUUAAGGAAUUUGAACUGUACCAGUGCUGCUGAGGAUAAUAAAAAUAAAAAUAAUGGUAGUAACAAUAAUGGCAGUAGUAAUAAUGGUAAUAGUAAUAAUCAUAUGUUGAGAUUAAAAAGAAUCAAACUGGAAACAUUUAAGCAUAUCAAAACAAUUAUGGAACAAGUGAGAAACCUAGAUUACAAUGAGUACAGCAAUUUUUCACUGAAUGGUAGGAAGCGAGAAGACACACAUGGCACAAUAGACUCUUAUACAGAUAUGAUAAGCGAAAGGGGAGGGCGAAAACAUAUUUGCACUGAUGGCACGAGCGAACAGAUCGAAAUUAAAGGAAAAUAUUAUUGUGAUACUAAAAGAGGAGUUACAGAUAAAAGAGAGUUUUGUGCUCAUUCAGUAGACGAAAAGAUAGAAAAGAUGAGGAAAUAUCCCUUAAUGGAAUUACUGUUUAGGGAAAACGACGAAGUGAAUGACGAUGAGCAGCAGGCACAGUGGCAGACCCAAAUGUGUUAUGGAAGUGAUAAAUUGACCGAAUAUUAUGGAGGAGGAAAAGGAGAAAAUAAAAAAUGGGAAGGGCAGAGUGAACACUUGGAUGAACAUAAUAAAAAGUGGAAAGGGCACAAUAAUGACAAUAUAUAUGAUAAAGAGCAGGCGUCUGAGAUUGAGCCCUAUUUUACCUUUGAUGGAAAAGACAGAGAGGACGUACUGAUAAACCAAAGUUGUUCUUAUUUGAGUAGUCCCCAAAAAAUGGAAUUUUUUCCUAAUGAAGGGGGAACAGAAAUAAACAAAAAUGAUGAAAAUGAUGAAAAUGAUGAAAAUGAUGAAAUUGAUGAAAAUGAUGAAUAUGAUGAAAAUGAUGAAUAUGAUGAAAAUAAUGAGUAUGAUGAAAAUGAUGAUCAUGAUGAAAAUGAUGAAAAUAAUGAGCAUGAUGAAAAUGAUGAAAAUAAUGAGCAUGAUGAAAAUGAUGAAAAUGCCAGUAAGCACAAUUUUAGUAGUCACUGCAAUAACAGUGACAGUGUUAGCAGUAUGUACAAAAAUAAUAACUGUAAUACUGAUAGUCGCUUAAAUGACAAACAUAGCGAUGGUUCUUACUAUUAUUCCAUAAAAAAUGAUCAUUUAAAAAACAAGUCAGUUACUCAUGAAGUAGCAUCUUCUAACUUAUCGCACGCAAGUAAGGUGAUAAGUAUUUUGCCAACUGAUAAAAAGGGGUAUUUUUUGGAGAAUGAUAAAAAUAGCGCAGUGGUAAAUGGUGAGACAACUUUUUAUAGUCGUUAUAGUAGUGGCUUUCAUAGAAGUAACUACAAGGACUGCUAUCGCAGUGCUAAUUAUGUAAAGGCGGGAAAAUUUGAAAAGGGAGGAGUGAAUGAAAGCAAGAUCAUUGAAAAGGAGAGUGCAAAAUGUAAAUACUCUAGGGUUAAAACUAAGGACAGUAAAAAAAUACCGCUGAAGAGUAAGCAGAACAGUACGAACGGUAAUCAACAAAUUCAUCAAAAGGUCAUUGUAACUACUAGCAAAAAAAAGGAAAAUGCAUUUAAUGAUAACGCUAUAUCAAAUUCUUCGAAAAUGAAUGCUGGUAAAGUGGAAACUGGAGUUACUUCUAUGAAGGGAAAUGCUAGCAAUGUAAAAUGUGUUAGUAACCGAAUGAAGAGCAUAGUGAUUAAGGGGAAAAACAUAAAAGAAGGCAAGGAUGCAGGUGUAAUUUAUAGCAUGAAAGAGGAUACUAACAAAAAAGGAAUGUGCACAAAAAACUUUGGAACGAAAGCAUUUGAAAAAAAAAUAAAAAAAAAUGAAAAAUUAUGUGAACACGAGAAUGUAAAAAAAGGCGAAAAACUAGGCGAAAAUAAAAAAAAAAAAAAAAAAGGUGAACAAAAAGAUGAGGAUGCAGAAAACAACGAACAAAACGAAGAUGACGAAGACAACAGAGCAACAGAAAAAUGUAACCCCUCUAAGGAAAAACAACUAUCCAACUUCAAUAAAACAGAGGUAUACCCAAAUAAGGCGCACAGACUGAUAAGCCAGAAAAUUAUGAACACAUCCAUUAAUUUGGAUGAUACACAUAACUUAAGCGAUGAAGACAACUUCAUUUUUGACUCAUAUUUGAAUAAAGGCAAUACUCAAAAUGAGGGAAAUCUAGAGGAUAUCAUAAACAACCAGGUGAUGCUGUUUGAGCGCAAUUUUUUGUAA